UUUAUCUCCACCAUUGAUUCGAUUAUAAGGAAGGUGUACCAAAGCAGAAGCAGAAACUCGACCUCUCUGACAACUCCAUCAUCGGCGCUCUCCCAGUGAGUGACCUCAACCAAUGUCACGGCCUUGUGCACCUCAACAUCUCCCACAACCUCAUCACCGGGUCGCUGAAUGUGUCUGGACUGACCAAGCUUCGGGUGCUCGACGUGUCGGCUAACAGGCUCGAGGGCGGCAUCGCCUUCAAUUUCCCGGCGAUAUGCGCUAACCUUACCUUACUGCACUUGUCCACCAACAACAUCACAGGUAACAUCACCAACAUGUUAGAGGGUUGCGCCAGGCUGGAGUAUGUCGACCUCAGCUCGAACAACUUCGACGGCGAGCUCUUGCCCGACGUCGCAAGAUUCAGGAAAUUCAGCAUCGCUGAGAACAACAUCACCGGGAGCGUUCCAUGGAGCAUGUUUCCUAAUGGAUGCAAGCUCCGGUCCUUAGACCUCUCUGCCAACCAGCUGGUGGGGAGCUUCCCGGAUUCCAUUGCGAAAUGCACGAAUUUGACGUACUUGUCGCUGUGGGGGAAUAAUUUCGCUGGAAUGGUACCUGCCGGAAUUGGGAAGCUCGCGUCCCUUGAGGCGUUGGUUCUUGGGAAGAACAGGUUCGACAGGCAGAUACCGCAUGAGCUAACAAACUGCGUGCGCCUUCAGUUCUUGGACAUCAGUAGAAAUAUGUUUGGUGGCAACGUGCAGGAGAUUUUUGGCAACUUUAUGAGCUUGAAGUAUCUUGUGCUUCACCACAACAACUACACUGGCGGCAUCGUGGCCUCCGGCGUGCUCCGACUACCACUGCUUGCUAGGCUCGACCUUAGCUUCAAUGAGUUCACCAGCGAUCUCCCACAAGAGGUGGCCAACAUGAAGAGCCUCAAAUACCUGACGCUCGCUGAUAACAACUUCUCUGGUAGGAUACCUCCGGAAUACGGCCGGCUAGCGGAGCUCCAGGCGCUGGACCUGUCUAAUAACACCCUCUCAGGAGGAAUCCCCGCGAGCAUUGGGAAUCUCACGUCACUCCUUUGGUUGAUACUAGCGGGGAACCAACUCUUUGGUGAGAUACCGCCUGAGAUCGGCUACUGCACCAGCUUGCUCUGGCUGAACCUGGCGGACAACCAGUUGACCGGCAAUAUACCGCCUGAGAUGGCAGAGAUGGGGAGGAAUCCGGGUCCAACCUUCGCCAAGAACCGGAAUGAUACAAGCGUGUUCAUUGGCUCCAAUGAGUGUCAAGCCAUGAGGCGGUGGAUCCCGGCGAGCUAUCGUCCAUUCAGCUUCGUCAACUCCGUCUUGACUGAUCCCAGAACUAAGAAGAACUCGGUCAUGACCGGGGGAAACUGCCGCAACAUAUGGGACCGCAUCCUCAAGGGCUACAUUAUCGUCCCAAUGUGCACCAACUCGUUGUCGGUCGGGUCGCUCCCCGGGUACGUGCAGCUGUCAAGGAACAUGCUUUCUGGUGAGAUACCGCCGCGGAUUGGUACAAUGCGGAACAUUGGUUUGCUCUUCCUCGAUGGUAACUGUUUCACGGGGCAAUUGCCGCGGGAUAUCGGCCGGCUUCCACUCGUAGAGCUGAACAUCUCAAGGAACAACAUGUCGGGGCCGAUCCCGUCCGAGAUUGGCGAGUAUCUGUGUCUGGAGAGGAUGGAUUUGUCCUUCAACAACCUCUCUGACGAGCUCCCGACGAGCCUGUUCAAGCUCACGGAGUUGGUUAUGUUCAAUGUUUCAUACAACCCGCUCCUCUCUGGUAAUAUCUCCACCACUGGCCAAUUUGGCACAUUCGACGAGCAGUCCUUCCUCGGCGAUCCGCUCAUCUCAUUGGAUCAGGGUGGACCUGCUGGAAAGCAACAACCAGGAGAGGAAGGUCCCUAUGUUACCGCUGUUGAGAGGAGCAGCGUGCCAACAACAAUCCUAAUUUCGUACUUCUUCUUCCUUGUAGUUGGCUUCAUUUAUGGCACUGUUAGUGGUGGGUGAAAUAACGGUUGACUAUGGGGGCUCCGUAGGAGAUUGAGCGUAUGUGUAAACACGAAUGUCAAUUUGAGGGGGAAUCAACUCUACAAACUAGCAAGGUGAAGCAAAAAAGC